GUCCCAGUGUGCCGGCGCCGCGGGGCACCUCGCUCCCCAUGGGGCCGCGGGACUGGCUGAGGACCGUGUGCUGCUGCUGCCCGUGCAGGUGCCUGGAGGAGCCCGCCGCGCCGGAGAAGGAGCCCCUGGUCAGUGAUAGCAAUCCAUAUUCUUCAUUUGGAGCAACUCUGGCAAGAGACGAUGACAAGAAUUUGUGGAGCAUGCCCCACGACCUGUCCCACACAGAGGCAGAUGACGACAGAAUCCUGUACAAUCUGAUAGUCGUUCGAAAUCAGCAGGCCAAAGAUUCAGAGGAGUGGCAAAAACUCAACUACGAUAUCUACACCCUGCGGCAGAUUCGGAGGGAAGUGAGAAAUAGAUGGAAACGCAUCUUAGAGGAUUUAGGUUUUCAAAAGGAAGCUGACUCUUUGUUGUCCGUGACGAAACUCAGCACCAUUAGUGAUUCUAAAAACACAAGGAAGGCUCGGGAGAUAUUGUUAAAACUGGCUGAAGAAACCAGUAUUUUUCCAACAAGCUGGGAGCUCUCGGAGAGAUACCUCUUUGUUGUGGACCGUCUCAUUGCUCUCGAUGCAGCAGAAGAGUUCUUUAAAAUCGCCAGUCGAACUUACCCCAAGAAGCCAGGAGUCCCAAGCCUGGCAGAUGGCCAGAAAGAACUGCACUACCUUCCGUUUCCAAGUCCCUAAAGGAAGCAGAAUUGGGAUCCCCUUGCUGGUACUCAACAGCCAAUCCAAGUUGGACAAAUCAUAUAGAAGACAGUAAACAAGUGGAGGGCUAGCUAAGUGAAAAAUCAUUCUAAAUCCUACAAAAAACUAAGGGUUUGGAAUAUUUGGUCUUCAAGAGGAUGUUAUAAUAAGAAAUGUUUGGGUUGUGUUGAAACACACUUGGGAUCUUGUAUCAGGGAUAUGGUCACUGGGAUCUUUCCUCCCGGCUGAUUAGAUUUCAAGAACCCACUGUCCCCAUUUUGGUUUUGGUUGUACAACAAGCCUAUUGGGAGAAUGGGAUGUUCUAGGUAAGAAAACAAUAAGACUGAUAAAGCUAUCAUUGAGCCCAAAUAUGGACUACUGAAUUUUAAAUAAUCACUGUGUAAUAUAAGCUAAUGCUAAAAUAAUACCAGGCAUCAUGUGACUUUCCUUUGAUUUGGAAGCUCCUUCAGAACCUUGCAGGUGUCAGAGGCAUCAUCUUGAGUAUAAGUCAGAAUUCUUCAGAGGUUCUGAUGUAGCAGAUAAUAGGAAUAUCUAACAGGGCUGCCCAGAAGGGACUUCCAGAUAGAUCAAUCCCAUGUCAAAAAGAUCUGUCUUCAGUGGUGGGACAUGCAUCUUAAAUUCUUAACAUUAUCAAUACUUGAUUACCUCAUUUUGGCAUCUCAUCCAUUUCAAGACCUCAAGGCCAUGGUAUGUUAUCUGGGCUAGCGUCUAUCAACUGAAACAUUUGACCUCCACUUCCUCCUCUUCUCUUUAAUCUGCUUCUGGCUCAGCGGCAGAGUCACACUUGCCCAGAGACCCGCAGUGCAGACUGUUACACAGAGGGUCAUUGCAGGACCGUCUUCUGGAUUUUCAAGAUGGAGCAAUGCUGCCAAUACAACUUGCUUCUCUCCACAGACUGAGAAGUCCAGCCUCGGAAGUUACUUGCCACUCAAGCAAGGAGCUUGCCGGGAAAUGACUCAUGGUUCACAUUAUUGAGUAGACUUUCAGAACCUGUCAGAUGUAUUGGUAGAUUGCUGAGAACACUGGCAAUAUUUUUACUCCUACAGACUUUGUUCUUCUGACUUCAUGUAAAGGGUAACUUAUCUUUAGUUUGUCCAGGGGAUGGUGACUUGAAAACUUGCUGACCAGCUCUUUUAGUAGUAUAUAUAAUGUUUGAAAUAUUUCUUAGAGGAAGAUACAUGUUCUUCAUUUAUUAAUCCAUUGCAGAUCAACUUAACUGACAUGUUUCAGGAAGAUUCUUUCUAGUAUAGUAAGUAAGCCAAAAGUUUUAUUUUUUAUAUUUAAUGCUUAACUUCUCUCUCACAUUGUUUAAAAUUAGCCUGCAGAUGAUUUCCCUCACUUCUGUAGGCUCUUGCGAGAUAAACGUACAAACAGUGAAACAAAUAAAUAAAAACAAAACUAAAAAUAAACAAUAAAUCUUUCUAAAUCGUAUUGUUUCCAUGUCUGUCCUUGGAAUUUGUGUUUUGUCUUUCUGCCUUUUUUGCAUCUUUGGAGAAUUAACUGUAAACAUUGUCUUUAUUUUUGGUAAUGUAUGAAUAAGGAUAAGAAUGUCUCUAUGAGUAUAAGAAACAUGGAAUUAUCCAGGAAUUUUUCCUUGCAGGGAAUUAAAAAGUUUUCCUAUUUAC